CCUGUCCCUCAAUUUACACUCUCUCGUCUUCUACCAUUCCCCGCCUUCAAUUCUCCUAUUCACUACACAUCUUCUCUCCUUUCCACCUCUUCCCCAUAAUUUAAUUUUGAACUUUAAAGCAAUCUCCUCUCUCCUCUUCCCUAUUCUUCUUGUAUAUAUAAUGGCCUUACAUGUCCAUCACCAACAACAACAACAACCACCCCUGCUCUUCCUGUAUUCACACUUCAAGCUGGUGGUGCAGCCAAAAGCUCUAAGCUGAAAUUCCGGCAACCCUGCCUUCCAUCUCUCUCGUAAAGUAACAAAACCCUUUUCCAAUAUCUACAACACCCUUUCUGGCUCUCUCCUCCUCCUCCUCUGCCUUUUAGGUUGACUAACUGUUAAUCAAUCUAAAAGGUACACGAACACACGCAUACGUUCACUUGUCAAUCAAAACUGAAUCAAAUUUCGAAGCGAGAAAAAGACAAUUAACGGAAGAGAGCGAGAUCCCUGAAAGAACGAGGCAUCAUCAUGAGUCGCAGGAAUGGAAAAGCUCCAAAACUUGAUUUGAAGCUGAAUUUGUCGCCGCCAAGAGGGAACCUCCGCCUUCAGUCGCCGAGCCGAUCAUCGACGGUGUCGCCGACAUCUCCGCCCAGUUCUUGCGUGUCCUCCGAGCUCAACCAGGACCAAGACACCUAUACCUUCUCCAACAGCCCUGAUUCGACAGCAAUGAUAGUGGCGGGCUGCCCCCGCUGCCUGAUGUACAUCAUGCUUCCGGAGAAGGAUCCCAGAUGCCCCAAAUGCAAGAGCACGGUUCUGCUAGAAGUGUUCAAUGAGGGCACCAAAACUGGCGGUGCCCCCAAGCCCACCUCAACCACAACCACCUAGAUCAGAAGUGGUAGACUUCUGCCUCAUAUUACUAGGAAUUGUUACCUUAUCUUGUCCGCCUUGGCUCUACCCUUUUUUUUUUUUUUUGUUUUGGGUUUGGGUUUUUGGAAGGGGGGGGGGGUGGUUUCUUUAAAAGUGACUCUAUUUAGACUCCACUUUUUUUUUUCCAUUGCAUUUUUUACAGUUGACGGGGACCAGGGAAAAAAAAAAGGGAAAUUAGUAAUAUAUAUAUAUAUUAUAUGCAUGGAUUGAGUGGAAUUUGAAUAGUUUCCACUUUUCUUUUAUCAUUUCCAAUUUCUUAGGCAUAGGAUGCAGCCUUUCUGGGAUAGCAGAAGAUGUUAUGGUGGUUCUGAGACAGUGUAAACGGGCUAUAUAACUAGAAAACAGCCCCACUUUUUUGUUAUCAAAAGGAAAAAAAAAAUGAAAAAGGCCAGGUCAUUUUCUGCCUUGUUUUUCCA